AUGGAUAUAUUCAGAGUUUUGACUAGGGGUGCAGCAGUGAAGAAGAGCAAUAAGGGUAAGAAAGCUGAAUCAGCGAAUUUCGGAAGCAAUCACAGUGAGAACAAGGAGGUGAACAAUGACGUUCGCAUCACCAGAGAGCUAGAUUUCUUUCACAAUAAGAAAAUAAUCCAUGAUGUUGAAAAUGAGAAGAAACAUGCAGACGUAGAAGAGACAAGUGAAAAAGCUGAAACGGACGAUACUUCUUCCAGUUUGGUUGUGGAGCCAAGGAUCAAAACCAAGGAACAGGCUCACCAACUACGUAAAUCAUACCAAGGUAACGUUACUGGUGAAGAUGUAUGUUUACCUAUUGGAUCUUUCGAAGAUCUUAUUACCAGGUUUUCCUUUGAUAAACGGUUGCUAAACAACCUGGUUGAGAACCACUUCACUGAGCCAACUCCAAUUCAGUGCGAAAGCAUUCCAUUAGCAUUAAACAACAGGGAUAUCUUAGCUUGUGGUCCAACGGGGUCUGGUAAAACAUUGGCCUUUUUGGUGCCUCUUGUACAGCAAGUUAUCGAUGAUAAGGAAGUUGAAGGGUUGAAAGGUUUAAUUAUAUCUCCUACUAAAGAACUGGCAAACCAGAUCUUCAUCGAAUGUACCAAGCUGUCUCAUAAAAUUUUCCAUGGCAAGAAGAAACCUCUUCGAGUCGCUCUCUUGUCCAAAUCGUUGGGUGCCAAAUUGAAAAAUAAAGUGGUGAGCGAUAAGAAAUACGAUGUUAUAAUAUCCACUCCGUUGAGAUUGAUCGAUGUGGUGAAAAAUGAAGCACUGGAUCUUUCUCGCGUUAAGCAUCUGAUAUUCGAUGAGGCUGAUAAGCUAUUCGAUAAGACCUUUGUGGAACAGACAGAUGACAUUCUGAGCUCCUGUACGGACCCAAGUCUUCGGAAAGCCAUGUUUUCUGCGACGAUCCCUUCUGGUGUUGAGGAAAUUGCACACACAAUUAUGAUGGAUCCAGUCAGGGUUAUCAUUGGUCACAAAGAGGCAGCCAACUCUAGUAUUGAACAAAAACUAGUGUACUGUGGGAACGAAGAGGGUAAGCUUAUUGCCAUUCGACAAAUGGUUCAAGAGGGGGAAUUCAAAGCACCUAUCAUUAUUUUCUUGGAGUCGAUCACCAGAGCAAAGGCAUUAUACCAUGAACUUAUGUAUGACCGGAUGAAUGUGGAUGUCAUUCACGCAGAAAGGACGCCUGUUCAAAGGACGAAAAUCAUAGAGAGGUUUAAGAGUGGUGACUUGUGGUGUCUGAUUUGUACAGAUGUUUUGGCCCGUGGUAUUGACUUCAAGGGUGUCAACCUCGUUAUAAAUUACGAUGUUCCAAGAACGGCUCAGGCAUAUGUCCAUAGGAUUGGUAGAACUGGUAGGGCUGGACGGUCAGGUAAAGCUGUUACUUUCUAUACUAAGCAAGAUGCGAUGGCCAUCAAACCCGUAAUAAACGUUAUGAAACAAAGUGGUUGUGAGGUCGCCAAAUGGAUGGAUAGCAUGUCCAAAAUUAGUAAAAGAGAGAAGGAGUCUCUCAAAAAGGGUAAAGGGUUUCAAGAAAGAAAGCAGAUCAGUACAGUGCCAAAGAUGGAUAAACUGAAAAGGAGGAAAAAACAGGACAUGGUGGAAGGAUCAAAGAGGAGAAAGACGAUUGCAGCGACUGGAAACGAAUGA